AUGAUACCGAUGAUAGUGCGAGUGUGGUGCGAGAGCGGCGCUGGUUGGGCGCCGACCCACGUGCCGGUGACGCCGGACACGACUUGUCGCGACGUGCUCGACUGCUGCCGGGAACCCGGCGACGAGCCUUGUCUACUACUCAGUGUGCAUCCGCAUCUUGGAGUUCACGUGCUGCGAGAUACCGAACUUCCUUUAGAAGUAGCGUCGGCUUUAGGGCCUGACGUACAAUUUGUGCUGAAAUAUAUUGAGGGUUCAAAAGCACUUACGGCAAAGAAAGUGAGUAAAGAUCGAGGAAACAGGAAAGGGGGCAUCAAAACGGGCUUGGCACAUCGACCGCGUAACCCUCGGACGCGAUGUCGACGUCAGAUGUUCACACGCCUUGAGAUCCGCGGCGGCCGCGCCGGCCACGCGGGCCCCAAGUGGAAUCUCGUGAAAGUUGGCCAACACUCGCUCAAGAUCAAGUGGAUGGGUCGCCAGAACCAGUUUUGUGAAUCGGCAAGUGUAGGCAACGAUGACUUAGGAAUCUACGCCGAAACUGGUCGCUUUGAUAAACAACUAGCGACUGGUGAAGGCGAGGAAAUAGACCAUUAA